AUGCCAACGAGUAGUUGCCUCGUCAGCCUUGUCGAAUGGCCACCCUUCGUCAUUAUCCUGGAUGAAGUGGAGUUGGUCCAUUUUGAGCGUGUCAGUCUAUCCAUCCGCACCUUCGAUAUGGUCUUCGUCUUCAAGGACUACCGCGCCAAACCUGCCAUGGUCAAUUCCAUACCGAGCUCAGCGCUGGACCAUGUAAAGGAGUGGGUAAUGUCAUGCGAUAUCUUCUACUCCGAAGGCGCCAAGUCAUUGAACUGGCCGAAAUUGAUGAAGACGAUUGUGGACAAUCCGGAGGAUUUCCUCGAACAAAACGGCUGGGGUUUCCUAUCGCCUGACGAUGAUGCCCAGGAACAAUCCCCUCCCAUUACAAGAUGA